UAACAACAUGGCGGCAGUAAGGGUGAGGGCGGGAGGUAGUUGACCGGGAUGUUGCUGCUGGAAGAGUGAAGGAGCAUUACAGUGAGGCGAUGUCUUACCGGGAUGCGGGGCUGAGCAGGGGUGCGAGCAUCUCCCGAGAGCGGAGCUACGAGACCCCUUGCACCCUGGAGGAUGGAGGUCCGGAGAGUGAGGCUGAGACGGGGUCAACAUCGUCCGGUGCGCUCACCACCGACACCGACUCGUGCUCCUCCGACAAUCUUGAACCAGAGUGGCUGGAUGAUGUGCAGAGAAAUGGUGAGCUCUUCUACCUGGAGUUGAGUGAAAGCGAGGAAGAUGUUCUGAUCCAAGCGAAUUCGAUUUCUGCACCUUUGAUCAAUCAUGUCAGAUUUAGUGAGAACGAAGCAGAGGUCAUUACUGAUCAUAAACCUAAAGGGAUUUGCAAACAUGAACACAAACUUAAAAAGCUUGCUAAUGUUUUAAAAAAGAAAAAAGCAAGGUGUACACAUUCUUGCAGCAAAGAUGUUUCCAACAAAGACAUUGAACAGAGAAGUAGUCAGCUACCAGGACCUGCUUCAAUAUUAAAGCACCAGACAAAUCCCAAAGUUGGAGUUUCAGUUCAGUUAUCUUAUAAGAAUGUGUAUGUUUAUAUUAAUCCGAAUAAAAUAAGUGACAAAUCAUUAGACAAAGGGAAAAAGCUUUUGGAGGCUUUUGUGGGGAUUAUUCACCAGCCUUCAAGGAAAAACCCAGUGGCAGGAAAGCACUCGGACAGAUUGACAGACACACAAAUGAAAACUGAAGAGCGACUUGUUGUACACAGUUUGGUCCAUGGCAGUGCUGCAAUGAAAUGUGGCCAAAUAUUAAUUGGUGAUGCUCUCAUUGCUGUGAAUGAUGUAGAAGUAACUACUGAGAACAUUGAGCGGGUGUUAUCAUGUAUUCCAGGUCCAAUGCAGGUGAAAUUGACAAUUGAAACCUUGAGCCCUGACCCAGUAGGAACGGAUCUGUCUUUCACGAACCCUACUAAACCAAUACGCACUGACAGCAAUCUAGUGAAACUCUUGUGGGGUGAAGACACAACAGAUCUCCAAAUGGGAAUUGACAAUAAUCCUCAUAUUGCUAUGUAUCUAACUUUAAAGCUGGAAUCUGAAAAUUCAAAGGAAAAGCAAGAAAUUCUUUACCAGUAUCCGAUGACUAACGUAUCCCAAAAGUUGAAAAGUGUUCGAGGAAUAUUUCUUACACUAUGCGACAUGCUGGAGAAUAUAACUGGGGAUCAAAUUAUCAGUUCAUCAUUGCUGCUGGAUGGAAAACUUAUUCACGUAGGCUAUUGGAAGGAAGGUAGCAACUUGCUGCUCAUAGGACUACCAGCUGAAAGGGAGGGGGAUCAUCAGGAAUAUGGAGCCUGGGUUUAUUGCUACCUGCAUAAUUGCAUACAGGCUGGAGAGAAGAAAGAGAACAUUACAAUGAAGGCAUCAGGCUUGGCAAAGGGAGAAGCUGAACCCUCAAGACAAAGCGGCAGCAGGGCCCCCUCCGGAUGCAGAGGAUGGAGUUCACAGACGUCGUGUGUAGGUGCCUCGCAAGAUCGAGGGGUACCGCUUCCACAGCUAAGGAACAUGAUCCAGAAUGUUGUGAGAACCUUGAAGUAUAUGUACAACUCAUUAGACAGUGCCUUUUGCAAGUUGGAGAAUAUUCCCCGGUUGGACCACUUUUUCAAUCUGUACUUCCAACGAGCCAUCCAGCCAGCAAAGUUAAACUGCAGCGCAAGUCCAAGUUCCCAGUGUAAUAGUAGUUCGAGCGCAUUGUUUAUUGACGGUCUACCUGGAGUUCGCUGGCUUACGUUACCCCAGGGUAUCAAGGUGGAUAUUGAUACUGCACUGAGUGAUCUAGAAUCAGCAGACUUUGGAGAACAGUCUGAAGAUUAUUAUGACAUGCGACGACUGUAUGUGAUAUUGGGCUCCUGUCUGUUCUUCAAGGGUUACUUGAUUGGCAAUCAUUUGCCCAAAGAUGACCUCCUUGACAUUGCACUUUACUGCCAGCAUUAUUGCUUACUACCCCUUGCAGCGGAGCAAAGGAUUGGUCAGCUGAUCAUUUGGCGGGAGACGUUUCCAUAUAGACACCUGUUAUCAAGUCACAUUGAAGGUUAUCAACAGCCUGAAGGAAGAUACUUUUUGCUAAUUGUUGGUUUGAGGCACUUGAUGUUGUGUGUGCUGCUGGAAGCAGGAGGAUGUGCAUCCAAAGUAAACGGAAAUCCAGGGCCUGACAGUGUUUAUGUUGAUCAAGUUAAAUCAACUUUACUUCAGCUUGAGGGACUAGAAACCAGUAUACAAGAUAGACUGGAUAGCCCCUCCAUUGCAUGCCUGUCAUGUGCUGAUUGGUUCCUUCCUUCUCGUGACAAGUUUGAAAGUAUCAGCAGUUCUCCUAUCAUCAGCAAGUUGCAAGGUACAACUAAAUCAAAUCAAUCAUCAACAUGCCGUAGGACGCUAUUUGGAGACUCCAGCCUAAGGAUGCAGAAAUCUAGUCCUCCACGGAGCAAUAGUGCUUCUGACAGCGGUGGUGAAAGACAUGGAGAUGCUGGUUCCUUCAGUAUGAACUUUAGCCCAUAUUCCACAUCUGACACAAUCAAGAAGCAUCCUCGAAGAGAAUCCCAAGGUCCUGUUGGAGCUGAAGGCAGUGGAAAUAUAUUUAAGAACAAGAAGAAACAAAACUUUCCCAAUCCAUUUUAUCUGGGAAGCAUGAAAAAAAGCCUUUCUGAGCAGGAGACUGAGGAAGUGUCCAGUAUGAUGAAGUUGACAUCGGGCUCAGAAAACACUUUAUUUUAUUACAUUUCUUUAGAAACAGUACAAGGAAUAUUCAUAGCACCCACACAUACAGAAGUUGCACAGCUCAGUGGUUCUGUUCACUCACAGCUAAUCAAAAACUUCCAUCGUUGUUGCUUAUCAAUACGGUCAAUCUUCCAACAGACCUUGGACAAACAGGAAAGGAAACGCCCAGAUACUAUCUACAAUUCAAGUCAAAUGAAUCUCAGGAAAAGUAACUCAGGACUUGGUCCAGUGAAGGAACAUGGUGUCUUAUUCCAGUGUAGUCCUGAAAACUGGACUGAUCAAAAGAAGCCGCCACCUACCAUGUCCUACUGGGUUGUUGGAAGACUUUUUGCAGAUCCUCAUCCUCAAGAGUGUUAUGUGUGUUUCCAUGAUUCUGUGACGGAGAUUGCUGUAGAACUUGCUUUCAAACUCUCAUUCGGUUUGAUUACGUAAUGUCUACUUUGACAGCAGUUUAUUGACACAUUCCAAAAUGUAUGGAAAAGUAGAUUUGUAAAAGAACAUGGUCCGUAAUUUUUGUUGAUAAUAUAUGUACUCUAUAUUUAUACAAUCACUUGGAUUGCUAACUGAAAUAUUCAUAUAACAAAGUCAUAACUCUUUUUGGCUUGUCAUGAUCUGAAUGUAAUUGUAAUUUUAAAUGAAGGGAAUAGAUGUGUAAUGUUCAUUUUUCUUUCUGGGUUUUGUUUGUUCUGACUGUAUAGGUAAAUAUGAAAUUUGAUUUGAACCAUUACUUGAAAUGUGCCUUUGACAAUUUAUGCAAAAUGUGACAUUUUUGCAUUAAUAUCCCACCUUGGUUAUAAAUUCCCUGGUUUGAAAAAGGUAAUA